ACAAGAAAUCGAUUUAACGCAAGCUUAUCGUAUCAUCUCCAAGAACUAUUCUGAGAUAUAAUUUAAAUAAACACAACAUUGGAUUAUUUAUAAAAAAUCAUUACUAUCAAUAAAAACUAAUAAUAUUAGAGCUGCAUUAAAUAGAAUUCGUGGCUGAAGUGUAAUUUCCUAGAAAUUCAUCAUGUCAAAAGCCAGCAAAAGGGCUGCUAACUCAAGUUCCGAAGAAUUGGACAGUGAGGAAGAGGACCGCUUAAAAGAUCUUAAAGAGCGUGAUGAAUUUGCUGAGCGACUUAAGAAACGCGAUGAGGGCAAGGUGCGAAAGGUAUUGGAAUCCAGUGCUAGUCGGAAAGCUAUUGAAGAAGCUGCUAAGAGACUGAAGCUUGAGCACGAAGAUCGGGAUAAAAUUCUACCACAGUUACGAGUGCAAUCUCGUCGAAAGUAUCUUGAAAAACGAAAGGAUGAUAAAGUGGCCGAACUUGAGGCAGAUAUUUUGGAUGAUGAGUAUUUGUUUGACGAAAAGAUUUUGACUGCAAGAGAACGAGAGGAACGUGAAUACAAGAAGCAAUUGUUACAGAUUGCAAAGGAACAUGAAAAAGCGCGAGAAUUGGAGCGAAUCCAGAGAUAUCAUAUACCACAAAACCUAAAAAAGGGCGAAAAAGAGGAAUAUGUGGAAGUUGAUGAGCUGGAAAAACAACCUAAUUCGGAACAGAAAAAAUGGGAAGCUGAACAGUUGGCAUCUGCACGUUUCCAAUUCGGUUCGAAAGAUGCAAAAAUUAAAGAAGAAUAUGAACUUCUACUUGAAGAUCAAAUUGAGUUCAUACAAGCUCUUACAAUGGAUGGUUCGAAAGAGGACUCUUCAAAAAAGUCUGAAAUUUCUGAGGCAGAAAGAAAGCGUAUGACGAUAGAGGAAACACAAAAAUCAUUACCAGUUUAUCCAUUCAAAGAUGAUUUAAUAGAAGCUGUCAAAGAACAUCAGAUUCUAAUUAUAGAGGGUGAAACUGGUUCCGGCAAAACAACACAAAUUCCGCAGUACUUAGUAGAGGCUGGUUUCACCAAAGAUAAUAAAAAAAUUGGUUGUACGCAGCCUAGACGUGUAGCUGCUAUGUCUGUUGCUGCACGUGUUGCUGAAGAAAUGGGAGUUAAAUUAGGAAAUGAAGUUGGUUAUAGUAUUCGGUUCGAAGAUUGCACUUCAGAACGUACUGUACUCAAGUACAUGACCGAUGGUACUUUACACAGAGAGUUCUUAUCAGAGCCGGAUCUGGCAUCCUACAGUGUUAUGAUCAUUGACGAAGCUCACGAACGUACCUUACAUACAGAUAUAUUAUUCGGACUUGUCAAAGAUAUAGCACGUUUUCGACCGGAACUGAAGCUACUUAUAUCCAGCGCAACGUUAGAUGCUGAUAAGUUUUCUAAAUUUUUCGAUGAUGCGCCAAUUUUUCGCAUUCCUGGACGUCGUUAUCCGGUGGAUAUAUUUUAUACGAAAGCACCAGAAGCUGACUAUAUUGAUGCUUGUUGCGUUUCAGUUUUACAAAUACAUGCUACACAGCCACUUGGUGAUAUUUUGGUAUUUCUUACGGGGCAAGAUGAGAUAGAAACAUGUCAGGAAGUUUUACAAGAUCGUGUAAAACGACUAGGUUCGAAGAUACGAGAGCUUGUUAUUAUACCAGUUUAUGCUAAUUUGCCAAGUGAUAUGCAGGCAAAAAUUUUUGAACCUACACCACCCAAUGCCAGAAAGGUUGUAUUGGCAACAAAUAUAGCGGAGACUUCGUUAACAAUUGACAAUAUAAUUUACGUGAUAGAUCCUGGAUUCGCCAAGCAAAAUAAUUUCAAUUCACGCACUGGCAUGGAAUCUUUAAUGGUUGUGCCAAUUUCAAAGGCGUCAGCGAAUCAACGCGCCGGCCGCGCUGGACGUACAGCUCCAGGAAAGUGUUUCCGGCUUUAUACCGCUUGGGCUUACAAACAUGAACUAGAGGAUAACACUGUACCUGAGAUUCAGCGUAUUAAUCUUGGCAAUGCCGUGCUUAUGCUGAAAGCCCUCGGUAUAAAUGAUCUCAUACACUUUGACUUCUUAGAUCCGCCACCGCACGAGACGUUGGUCCUAGCUUUGGAACAGCUAUAUGCAUUGGGUGCGUUAAAUCAUCAUGGAGAAUUGACAAAGUUGGGUAGACGCAUGGCAGAGUUUCCGGUUGACCCAAUGAUGGGAAAAAUGUUAUUAGCAAGUGAAAAGUACAAAUGCUCGGAAGAAUUGGUAUCUAUUGCAGCGAUGCUUUCUGUGAAUAGUGCAAUCUUCUACCGACCAAAAGAUAAAAUUAUUCAUGCGGAUACAGCUCGAAAGAAUUUUAAUCACAUGCAUGGUGAUCAUUUGAGUUUGUUGCAAGUUUAUAAUCAGUGGGUUGAUACGGAUUAUAGCACACAGUGGUGUUACGAGAACUUUAUACAGUAUAGAUCUAUGAAGAGAGCACGUGACGUACGUGAGCAACUCGUAGGUUUAAUGCAGCGCGUAGAAAUUGAUAUGGUCUCAUGCAUGCCCGAGACGGUAAAUGUAAGAAAAGCCGUUACAGCUGGAUAUUUUUACCAUGUUGCGAAAUUAUCAAAAAGUGGCAAUUAUAAGACUAUUAAACAUAAUCAAACGGUAUUGAUCCAUCCGAAUUCCUCGCUUUUUGAAGAGCUGCCCAGAUGGGUACUAUACCAUGAACUCGUAUUUACCACGAAAGAGUAUAUGCGGCAAGUGAUCGAAAUUGACAGCAAGUGGUUGUUAGAAGUGGCACCACACUACUACAAAGCUAAGGAACUUGAAGAUUCGACCAAUAAAAAGAUGCCCAAAGUUACCGGACGUGCUGUUAUGACAUGAAUCAGUGCGUGUCAAUGUAGUUUUAGCUACUGAAAUAUGGUUGUAAAAGAAUGAAGGCCCUCGCUUGCAACGCCUUUCAACUUACAAUUUAACUUAAUUAAAGACUUUGGCGAUAAUGUUAUACAUACAUGAUCCAUUCGAGGUAGAUUUAUAUAUAUGAUGAUGUUCUCAAAAAUCCCUAUAUAUAUGUAUAUAAAUAAAAAAUGUUUUCUAUAAGUAUGUAUUUAAUACAUUAA